UCGUUUUCUUUAGGGUUUUGAAGUCCUCCUUAGCAUCCUAUCGAAAGAAGAGAGCUCUCCUCUCAUCUCUGUACCAAAGCACAACACGGGGCUUGCAUUUGAGCAACCAUGAUUAUUUCAGAGAAGAACAGAAGAGAAAUCUCGAAGUACCUCUUUCAAGAGGGAGUUUGCUAUGCAAAAAAAGAUUACAAUCUUGCAAAGCACCCGGAGAUUGAUGUUCCCAAUCUCCAGGUUAUUAAGCUCAUGCAGAGCUUCAAAUCCAAGGAAUAUGUUCGCGAGACAUUUGCAUGGAUGUACUACUACUGGUAUCUUACUAAUGAUGGAAUUGAGUUCUUGAGGACUUACCUGAAUCUUCCAUCAGAAAUUGUUCCUGCUACCUUGAAAAAACAGGCAAAGCCUGCUGGUGGUCGCCCAUUUGGUGGUCCACCUGGUGACCGUCCCCGAGGCCCACCUCGCUUUGAGGGAGACCGUCCAAGAUUUGGUGACCGUGAUGGUUAUCGUGGGGGCCCACGAGGGGGUGAAGGUGGUGAGAAGGGAGGAGCUCCAGCAGAUUACCAGCCUGCAUUUAGGGGAUCUUCCAGGGCUCUGGUGGAAGGCCUGGCUUUGGUCGUGGAGGAGGAGGUUAUGGUGCUGCUGGUCAAACUAGUUCUCCUGACUUUGCUUGAAGGUGUUGCUAGUCUUUUACAGUUUUGCUGUUUUUACUAGAUGUAGCAGUUGUGCCCUUGUUCAACUCCUUAGCAAGUUGAUCCUUGAGACUAGAAAACAGAUCCUGUUUUGAAGUUCUUAUUUAAAAUUUGCUAUUUGAUGAAAUGGAACUCCGAUUUUUCUGUUUUGCUAUC